AUGGAACCAAUCAGCUCUUCCAAUGACUCCCUGACGCAAGCUUUACCAGCAUUACCCACCGAACUAUGGUUGCAAAUCCUAGAAUGCACCAACAUACACGACGCAGCCCACCUCUGGAGCAUGGUACGACAUGUAUCUCGACAGUUCAAAGACUACGUCGAGCGACUCUUCAUAGCGACCUAUCUGCCAAAAUUUGCCAUCUCCUUAGCUCUCCCACGUCGCGACCCCACAACAGGAACUCUUCGGUGGUCUGGUACACCUAUCCCAGGCACGCAAAUUGUAAUGUCAUAUGACCACAUCAAUUUGGAUCAUUGCCACGUGCUGUUCAGAUCCCCGGUGCUGCUUGAGGACAGAUCAGAGUCGAAAAGUGUGCAAGAGCUUAAAGACACAUUCGUUCUUCCGAAAGAGCGAUUGGAGGCGGCUGUACCGUGGGUGUACUUUGGUAACAACCCGCUGACCGGAUCCUCGAUGAUGGUACCAGCGAACAUACACUGGGAUGACAAGGAAAAGACGUGGGUUUGGGAGGUCAAUUGGAUAAAGUUGAUCAGUCAGUUUUACAUGGCCAAGCACAAGUCGAAAUUCAAGACAGGGACUCUCCCGGAGAAAAAGAAGCGGGUUUUUGGAAGUGGUUCAUGGCGAUAA